UCCUGCUCUCCCAACCGAACAAAAUUGACUUUUUUAUUCCACUGGCUAACUACUCAGUAGGGAGCCACCGCGAAAGACGAACGUGAAAUAGAGGCGAGCAGCAUAACAAUUAAUACAAGAUUCACAGCGAUCAACACAAUUUCUAAAGGAAAGCAGCCAUGGACGACACUACACGACUGGAAUUGACUAAAAUCAAACUGCUAGUUCUCCGACGGAAGAAUAAAUCAUUGCUUGAAAUCGCAGCUAAAAAUAUAAUUGAUAAUCUCAGCAUUCACCUCGAAAAUGGACAGUUGGAAAAGCUGCCUUUCUGCAUGCGCGAGGCUGUGUUGCAAGAAUUCUUGAGUCGUCGUAGUGCUGUUCCAAACCAAAUAUUAUGCGCCACGGAAUUCGGUAAAAAGCUGAAUGAAUUCUCAACAUUGCUACAUCCUCAGACGAAACGUAUUGAUCUUAAUGGCCUGAUGUCUUUCUGUCAUUCAUUCUGCAUGAGAGAAAUGUGGAUAAAGGUUGUGCAAAUAAUUGCAGCUCGCGCUCCCAACGUCCAGUCUCUUUCUUUUGGAUCCAAGGGGAGUAUGAUUUAUGAGCACAGAUUGGUAGCAGCCAUUUGCAGCCUAAAAGAGCUUAAAAAACUUGACAUUUCGCAAUUUUCUCUUGAAUCUCAAUCCCUGACUAUUAUCUGCGACAAACUAAAAAAAUUGGAGCAAAUUCAACUCAGAAGCUUUGAAGAUUGGGACCAUUUUAUGGAGGACAAUGAAAUCAUCGACUUCAAGCGGUGCUUCGAGCGGCUCAAGGUUUUGCAAUUCGGAUGGCAACCAGACCUCCUGACUAACGUCUUCAGACGCAUGUGCAUUCAACACCUACCGAGGUUACAAUUCAUCGAUUACUUUGGAUCAACAUUAUCAAACCACCCACAAGCAAAUAUCCUGGGAUAUGGGCUUCCUUCAGAAGCAUCAUCCUUGAGGCAUUUGCACACAGAUCCGACCCCGCUCCCACUGGUUGAGGCCUUUCCUCACCUCACUCAUCUCACGGUUCAAUGGUUUCGAGGGAGGCAGUACCAAUUGAAUGAAAUCGACGCACUAUUGCAUUUCACCAAAAUCGAAGCCCUGAUUCUAGAUGAUAUUCCGUCAGCGGAAAUCGUAGACCUAUUCUUGAAUAAAUACGGAAAGGAUCUGCUAGAGCUGAAAAUAUUUUCCUUGUUCUUGGAAUUGCAAUUCAAGGAAAUCUUCAAAUCCUGCCCCAAGUUGGAAAAACUCACCGUGCAAGGUGCUCUGAUGGUUGACGACUCAGAAUCAAUUCAAUUUUACGCCAAGCUUAGAGAAUUUGAAUACUUUCCUCUAAAUGGCAUGCCAGCAAACGGUACCCUAACUCUGUCAAACAUUCUGUCCGCACCUCUACUAGAAUCGGUAGUAAUUUUUUUGAACAUUUAUCGUCAUAACGUUGACCAGACAGACCUCGUGAGGGUUUCGUCUCUGAUUAGCGACAAGAGCAUUCUGAGUCGUGUCAAAACCUUGAAUUUCCACAUAGGUGAGGUUCAUAUGACUGACCCGCAGGUGGGAUGCACUUUGUUCAAAGCAUUGAGUGAAAUAACCAAAAACGCAUGUGCGUUUCUCCCCAAUUGUUCUAGUUCUCUCGUCCACUUUAAGUUUGUUUCUACAUGUCCGUCUGAUACUUUGCGAAGGUUUUAUUUAAAAGAACAUGCCUUCGAUGCGAUUCAUGAAGAAUCGUUUUACAGGUCCCUUGGAGAUGAAAACUACGCCAAAUUCGCAUACGCCUGCGUAAUGGGCGAAACUUAGUACAAAUACUUGAAUAUUUUUACGCAUGAUAAAUUCAGUUUCUCCCAUCUCUACAAUUAUCAUGAGUACAAGUAUUUUGCUAUGAUUUAUAAAUUCUAACAGUAAUUUAAUAUAAAAUCUAUCGAAGAACUAAAAAUGUUGUUGCUAAUAGCUCUUAAUAACCGUACGAAAUUUUGCAGGAAUUCAAUGCAAUUCAUCUUUAUUUAUGUAACUAUGUAUGGUCUAUAAAUUUUGAAAUAGGCGACUAAUCAAGUUUGUUUUCAUGUUGAGAAAAAAACAGGCUUCAUCCUCGUUGACUUGAUGAUGUCGAAACUGGUCGAGAAUUAAAACGACAUUGAGAUAAGAUAUCGAGGAUGACGAAGCCUGGUUUUAUUUUUUCUAAAUAUAUAUUUCACUAUAUAAGACUAGAAUAUGGUAAUUUCUCACCACCCUAUACGUCUCGACUUUUUUCGCGUGACCGAGGAUUCGCCCCCCGGCAACACCGGGGUGCACGGCCGCCUCGAGUUGCGGGCGUCCCCGUGACGUGCGGCAACCCUAGGGAGCGAGGCCACCUCGAGUUCGGGGCGUCCCCGUGACAGGUGGCAACCCUAGGGUGCGCGGCCGCCUCGACUUCGAGUGCUCCCCACUGCGUGUGGCAACCCUAGGGAGCGAGACCGCCAUAAGUUCGGGCCGUCCCCGUGGCGUGCGGCAACCUUUGGGAGCGCGGCCGACUUAAGUUAGGUCCGGUCGUGUGGUGUCAGGCAACCCUAGAGUGCGCGGCCGCCUUGAGUUCGGGCAGUCUCUACGGCGUGUGGCAACCCUAGGGUCGGAGGCCACAUUGAGUUUUGGCAAUCUCUAUGACAUGUGGCAACCCUAGGAGGCGUGGCAGACUUAAGUGUUAGGCGUCUGAUGGGAGAGUGGCAACCCUAGGGGGCCAGCUGACUCCAGUAGGGGGUAGCUACGAGUAUCGGCCGCCCUACUCGGGCGCCUGACAAAACUUAUUGGCGAACUCUGGGGAUAUGGCAACCCUAGGGGGGCAGCUGACUCCAGUUGGGGGUAGCUACAAGGAUGCGGCCGCCCUGCGGCGUCAUUUUCUACGACCCCGCGCUAAUGCCCACUCGAAUUUCGGCCGUAUCGGAGCUUCCGUUACGAAGCUAACCCCGGAGGGUGGCAAUUUGGGGGCCCCGCCACGCUCCCUUCCCGCGAUAUCCGACCCAGGGUCCCCGUGCUCGUCCGGCUCGCCUCG